UCUAGAUUGUGUUAGGAAGAGGGAAUAUUUGGGAUUGUGAAGGGCUUUUUGGUCAAUUAAAAUGUAUUUUAUGGAUUAAUGGAUUCUAUGUUUUUUUGCUGCUAGAGACCCCAUCGGUGAACUCUGAAUCUCAGAGCCUAACCGACGAGGAAGAAGAGAAAAAACCAAGAAACAAAGAUAUGGGUAUUUUGCUUGACGAUGUUGUGCUUAUCAGGCCGUCGGAGAAACACGAUGAGCCUAGCGUCAUCACUGUCAAUUGCCCCGAUAAGACUGGGUUGGGCUGCGACUUGUGCCGCGUAAUUCUCUUCUUUGGUCUAAACAUUGUCCGAGGCGAUGUUACAACCGAUGGUAAAUGGUGCUACAUAGUGUUGUGGGUGACUGGAAAUUCGUCGACGAGGUGGGGAUUAUUGAAACAGAGGCUGGUGGAGGUUUGCCCUUCUUGUUAUUCAGCUGCUACGCUUGUUUAUUUCCGCCCCGAGCCACAGUCUUCAAAGCCCUCCGAUAUGUUUCUUUUGAAGUUUUGUUGCCAUGACAGAAGAGGGCUUUUGCACGAUGUAACAUCCGUUCUUUGCGAACUUGAGCUUCUUAUAGAGAAAGUGAAAGUGUCGACUACCCCAGAUGGAAAAGUGAUGGAUUUGUUUUUCAUCAUUGACACCAGGGAGCUUAUGCACACAACAAAGAGACAGCGGGACACGUGUGACCACUUGAAGCAUGUCUUGGGGGAUGCAAUGAUUAGUUGUGAAAUAGAGAUGAUUGGCGCUGAGGUUAUGUUAUGCUCGCAGGCGUCGUCUCUUCCAUCUGAAAUAGCAAAAGAACCUGAUUUAAAUGAAAAUUCACCUACCACAUCAUCAGGUGCUAAAGAUGUCUCUGUCACCCUGGACAACUCGCUCAGUCCUUCUCAUACCCUUGUCCAAAUUGUCUGUCAAGAUCACAAAGGUCUUAUUUAUGACAUUAUGAGAACUCUUAAGGAUUACAACAUUCAGAUCUCUUAUGGACGCUUCAAUAAGAAGGAGAGAAGAAGCUGUGAGAUCGAUUUGUUCAUCGUGCAAGCUGAUGGAAAGAAGAUUCUAGACCAAAGCAAGCAGAAUGUUUUGUCAACACGCUUACGGAUGGAACUGAUUCAUCCCCUCAGAGUAACUGUUUUGAGCAGAGGUCCCGACACAGAACUCUUGGUGGCAAACCCGACUGAGUUAUCUGGCAAGGGUCGACCUCUUGUGUUUUAUAACAUCACUCUUGCUCUAAAAUUGCUCGACAUCGGUAUUUUUUUGGCAGAAAUCAGACGCUACUUGAUAGGAGACCAAGAAUGGGAAGUGUACAGAGUCAUGCUUGAUGAAGGUGCUGGAUCUUCGGUUCCCAGAAACAAGAUCAAGGACGGAGUCCGAAAGAUGUUGAUGGGAUGGGCGUAGUACGAAAAUCCGAAAGCUGAAAACAAAGCUCUCUUUUCCAGGUUAGGAUGGGCUCCUCCUCCUAAUCUUAUUGAUGCUUGUAACAUGUCAUCUCUGUAUUCUAAUGGGACAGGAUCGUGUGAAUUAUGAUGUAAAAUUGGAUAUAUUCAACUCUUUUUAUAAAGAACUGCCUUAAGAGCUC